UUCUGCCCCUUUUUGGCAGGUGCCCGUCGCUGCGUCGCAGGGCUCUGAAGAUGUCCAACAGCAACACGGCGCAGGAGUCCCUGGAAAUAAUGAAGGAGUCAGAAAAAAAGGUGGUUGAGGAAUCCGUGGGCAAAACCAAACACGUAUCCAGGUCACCCAGCAAGGAGGAGGCUGAGAAGGACGGGGGGGAGGAGGUCAGCGUGCGUCAGGAGGCGCAGAGGCGGACGUCAGGCCACGGGCACGCCAGAAAAAGAGCCAAGUCUAAUUCAAAGCUUAAGCUGGUCAGGAGCUUGGCUGUGUGUGAAGAAUCGUCCAGCCCCUUUGUAGAUGGGCUGCUGGAGUCCCAGGACAUCAUUCAGCUGCGUGUGAGCUGCCCCUCCGACAAGGAAGAGGAAAAGUCCUCGAGAGAUGGGGCUGAGAAAGAAGAGAAAGAGAAGAGUAAAGACAAGGCACCAAGGAAGAUGCUGUCUCGAGAUUCCAGCCAGGAAUACACGGACUCCACCGGCAUAGAUUUGCAUGAGUUUUUAGUAAAUACACUGAAAAAAAACCCGAGGGAUAGAAUGAUGCUGCUAAAGUUAGAACAGGAGAUUCUGGAAUUUAUUAGUGAUAGCAACAAUCAGUUUAAGAAGUUCCCUCAGAUGACCUCGUACCACAGGAUGCUGCUGCACCGCGUGGCCGCCUACUUUGGCAUGGACCAUAAUGUUGACCAAACUGGGAAGGCAGUCAUUAUCAACAAGACCAGUAACACACGAAUUCCCGAGCAGAGGUUCUCUGAGCACAUCAAAGAUGAGAAGAACGCCGAGUUUCCCCAGCGGUUUAUCCUAAAACGCGAUGACACCAGCAUGGACCGGGACGAUAACCAGAUCAGACUCCCCUUGCAGGAUGGGAGGAGGAGCAAAUCUAUAGAAGAGCGAGAGGAGGAAUACCAGCGGGCCAGGGAGCGGAUAUUUGCACGAGAGACUGGCCAGAACGGAUUUCUCACCGACAGCAGGGGCAACCGGGACGCUUUGAACCGGGCCUCGGGCAGCCGCCAGAGCAGCACGGAGAGCGAGAUGAAGUCGCUGGAGCCUCGGCCGUGGAGCAGCACGGACUCAGACGGCUCCAUCCGCAGCCUGCGGCCGCCCGUCACCAAAGCCAGCAGCUUCAGCGGCAUCUCCAUCCUGACGCGGGGCGACAGCAUCGGGAGCAGCAAAGGCGGCGCUGCCAGCAGGGCGCCUCGGGCAGGCCUGGUUCUCGGUGCCCCCGAGGCGUGCAGCCAACCCCCUUCAUCGCAGCCC